AUGCAAAAUGGCAUGAGAAUUCAAGCCCAGCCUGCUCAUAGCGGAAUACUGAAUGUAACCGAUAGAGUCUACAAAGUGGGGGCAUGCUGCGCUUUAUGGGGGCAUAGGCAUGUGAAUGCCAUACUUUGUGUUACCAAUACUUCGUAUUAUGAUGUUAACAACUCAUCAUAUUCAUCAGGAUACAAAAAUGUUACACCAGGGCAAGGUCCAACUCUCAUUGGCAUUCUUCACUAUGCUGGAUUAAAGUUUCACAUCUAUGAGGAACUCAAGAGGCACAUUCCCAAAGAGCACCAAAAGUCGAUUUUGAUGCGUUGUGGAGCUCUAGCCGGUUUAGUUGGACAGACUUUCACUUAUCCUCUAGAUGUUGUCUGGAGGCAGAUGAUGAUUGUCCCUUCUGUUGCUAUUGGUUUUACAGUGUAUGACAUGAUGAAGGACCUGGCUUCAAGUACCUCCUAG